CUGUCCCUCUCUUUCCCUGUCUGUCUCUCUCUCCUUGUCUUCAGCUGCAUGUCUCUCAGUCAGUCAGUCAGUCAGUGAGUUGCCCGGGUCCGCUACGCCUGCGUCCGCCUCCGCAGCUCUCCAAAGCCGAGACGCGCCACCACCGCCGUCAUUGCGGGCAUGACAUACUGGCAUCAGUAGUGGGCUUCCGUCAGGCUGCUUUUAAGAAAAUUACAAAGGAGAGGAAGAGAUACAAGAGUAGAGGAGAGUGAAGUGACUCAUUUCCACCCGAGCUUGUGCGUUGAGAAGAGUAGAUGAGCCAAUGGCUGGGGCACAGCCGGGAGUUCAUGCGCUGCAGCUCAAGCCAGUGUCCGUACCCGAGAGCCUAAGAAAGGGCAACAAAUUUAUGAAAUGGGAUGAUGAUUCAACCACUGUGACCCCGGUGACUCUGACAGUUGACCCCAAAGGUUACUUCCUGUAUUGGACUGACCAGAGCAAGGAUACAGACCUUCUGGAUAUAGCAUACAUAAAAGAUGCCAGAAACGGAAAGUGCGCGAAAACGCCAAAGGAAGCCAAGCUGCGCGAGCUGCUGGAUAACAGCACGCUGUCGGGGAAGUUGGAGAGCAGGAUGCUGACGGUUGUGAGUGGCACCGACAUGGUGAAUAUCACCUACCUGAACUUCAUGGCGUUCCAAGAGGAGAUUGCGAAGGAAUGGGCAGAAGAGCUUUUCAACCUGGCGUCCAACCUCUUGGUGCAGAACAUGUCCAGAGAGGCGUGCCUCGAAAAAGCAUACACCCGGCUGAAGCUGCAGCUAAACCCUGAGGGAAGAAUCCCCGUCAAGAAUAUCUUCAGGAUGUUCUCGGCAGACAGGAAACGAGUGGAGACAGCGUUGGAAAGCUGUAACCUCCCUUCUGGCAGAAAUGACUCCAUUCCCCAGGAGGACUUCACUCCAGAGGUCUAUAGCAUGUUCCUGAGCAACAUCUGCCCUCGGCCUGAGCUGGACCACAUCUUCUCUGAAGUGGGAGCCAAGAGUCGACCAUACCUCACAGUGGAGCAGAUGACAGAUUUCAUUAACAGUAAACAGCGAGACCCUCGUCUGAACGAGAUACUCUACCCUCCUCUCAAACCAGAACAGGUCCAGCUGCUGGUUGACAAAUAUGAACCCAAUGCUUUGCUGGCACAGAAAGGUCAGAUCUCAGCAGAAGGCUUCACCAGGUACCUGAAUGCAGAAGAGAACAGCAUCAUUCCUCCUGAGAAGCUGGACCAGAGUGAAGACAUGACCUUUCCCCUCUCUCACUAUUUCAUCAACUCCUCACACAACACAUACCUCACAGCCGGCCAGCUCGCAGGCAACUCUUCGGUCGAGAUGUACAAACAGGUCCUCCUUUCUGGGUGCCGCUGCAUUGAACUGGACUGUUGGAAGGGUCGCACCACAGAAGAAGAGCCUGUUAUCACCCAUGGCUUCACCAUGACAACUGAAAUCUCCUUCAAGGAGGUAAUUGAAGCUAUAGCAGAGUGUGCCUUCAAGACCUCGCCUUUCCCCAUCAUCCUGUCCUUUGAGAAUCACGUGGACUCACCAAAGCAGCAGGCGAAGAUGGCUGAGUAUUGCCGGUCAAUAUUUGGAGACGCAUUACUGACAGAACCUCUGGAGAAAUAUCUUUUGGAGUCUGGUGUGCCGUUGCCCAGCCCGAUGGAGCUGAUGGGAAAGAUCUUGGUGAAAAACAAAAAGAAACACCACAAGACAAGUGGAAGUGCAAAGAAAAAACUCUCUGAGCAGGUUUCUAACACCUGCAGUGAUUCUUCCAGCGUGUGUGAGCCUUCCUCCCCAAGCGCAGGUUCCACCAAAGAGGAAGUGGCAGACUCCACACAGCCCUCUGAUGGUACUGAGCUUACACUGAGACCACAGGGCAGAAAGUCUAUUGGUGAAGUGGAGGCCGAAAGCGAGGACGAAGAUGAUGAUGAUGAUGACUGUAAAAAGGGAUCAAUGGAUGAGGGCACAGCAGGCAGUGAGGCAUUCGCUACAGAGGAAAUGUCCAACUUGGUCAUCUACAUCCAACCUGUCAAAUUUAACAGCUUUGAGGCUUCCAAAAAGAUCAAUCGAAGCUACCAGAUGUCAUCCUUUGUCGAGACCAAAGCUUUAGAGCAGCUGACCAAAUCUCCUGUAGAGUUUGUGGAAUACAACAAGCUGCAGCUGAGCAGGAUCUACCCUAAAGGCACUCGAGUGGAUUCAUCCAACUACAACCCUCAGCUGUUCUGGAACGCAGGCUGUCAGCUGGUGGCUCUCAAUUUCCAGACUAUUGAUUUAUCAAUGCAGCUCAACCUGGGCAUGUAUGAAUACAAUGGGAAAUGUGGCUACAGACUGAAACCAGAGUUUAUGAGACGGCCGGAUAAGCACUUUGACCCAUUUACCGAGAGCACAGUGGAUGGGAUAGUAGCCAACACACUGUCUGUGAAGAUCAUCUCAGGCCAGUUCCUGUCAGAUAAGAAAGUGGGCACAUACGUGGAGAUCGACAUGUUUGGUUUACCAGUGGACACAAAGAGAAAAGCAUUCAAGACCAAGACCUCUCAGGGCAAUGCCAUCAACCCUGUCUGGGAAGAGGAAGCCAUUGUUUUUAAGAAGGUUGUCCUGCCCACGCUAGCAUCACUGAGGAUAGCAGUGUUUGAGGAAGGAGGGAAGUUUAUCGGACACCGCAUCAUUCCUGUGUCAGCCAUCCGUCCAGGCUAUCACUACAUCAGUCUGAGGAAUGAGAAGAACCAGUCCCUGACGUUACCUGCUCUGUUUGUGUAUGUUGAAGUAAAGGACUAUGUCCCAGACACAUUUGCAGACGUCAUUGAAGCCUUGUCCAAUCCAAUCCGCUAUGUCAACCUGAUGGAGCAAAGAGCCAAUCAGCUGGCUGCUCUCACCUUGGAAGAGGGAGGGGAGGAGGAGGGUGACAAAGAGGUGGAGACAUUAAGUGAUGCCCCCUCAGAAUCAAAGGAUCAGAGGAUAACGCCCGCUGAGAACGGACUGAGCCACACACCCACUCCCCCCAAACCUCAGUCGCUGGUCAGCCACCAGCCUCAGCCUGCAGGCUCAUUGAAACCAUCAGUGAAGACUGAAGACAUCAUCCAGAGUGUUCUCACGGAACUGGAGGCUCAGACAGUGGAGGAGCUGAAGCAACAGAAGGGCUUCGUUCGGGAGCAGAGAAAGCAGUACAAGGAGAUGAAGGAGCUGGUUCGGAAACACCACCGCAAGACCAGCGAGCUGAUCAAGGAGCACCAGGCUCGUGUGUCGGAGCUGCAGAGCCAGCAUCAGCGUCGGCGCUCUGCCCUGCAAAAGAGCCAUAAAAGAGAUGGUAAGAAAAGUCGGUCUGAACAAUCUCUGUCCACACUGGACCAAGAGCUGUGUGACCUGGACCAGGAGUGCAGCCAGAGACUGGCCGAACUGAAGGAACAGCAGCAACAGCAGCUCCUCACACUUCGCCAGGAGCAAUACUACAGCGAAAAAUACCAGAAACGAGAACACAUCAAGCAGUUGGUUGAGAAGCUGACCAGUAUAGCAGAGGAAUGCCAGAGCGCUCAGCUGAAAAAGCUCAGAGACAUCUGUGAGAAAGAAAAGAAGGAUCUUAAAAAGAAGAUGGACAAGAAAAGGCAAGAGAAAAUCAAUGAGGCCAAAUCCAAAGACAAGAAUAUGACAGAAGAAGAGAAGCUGGAGAUCAACAGAUCGUUUGUCAAUGAGGUGGUGCAGUAUAUCAAACGGUUGGAAGACGCCCAGAGUAAAAGACAGGAGAGGCUACUGGAGAAACACAAGGACAUCCGCCAGCAAAUCUUGGAUGAGAGGCCAAAGGAUUACUGUGCAGCUGUGGAGCAUGGUAAGAACUUUGUUGCAUCCCAAUGUUGAGCACUAACACACCGUAAGUGUGGCAGUAUUAAUAUGCAAGCUUGUGCAUACACCUGGGCUGCUGCCCAGCCAAAAGUAAUUGUGCAUUGAAUGAGACCCACAGUGCAUUGCUGUGAUGAAGAAUGCUGCAUUAGUAAAUUCAAGCAAACGUGUCAUUGAUUGCAGGCAAGAGAACAAUGUGAGGAGAAGCAGAUUGGGCUGUGUGUAGUGAGAUCACACUGCAUUUAUCUGCUCAAAAUGAGUCUAGGCAACAUCGUCUGUACACAAAUGUAAUUACAAUUACACAGUAUUUGUUGUUUGGCUAGUACUAAACACAAACAUGGGCAUUUAUUAGAGUCAUCUUAUUGAGCUCUUGCUAUGAUUUAGAUUUUCUUGAUUAUCUAAUGCAUCUAAGUUGUAUUACAGCAGCUGUAGUAUUGCACAGAGAAGUGUCACAUGGGUGUGUUGCUCCUAUUACGCUUAUACAUCUUUUCCAAUGAAGUGAAAUGACAGCAGGAAUUUACCGUGUCUGCUCAGUGUAGUUUUGUUUUGUUUUUAGGCAUAAAUCAGAAGUCUUUAGUUGGAGACAGCUCCAUAACCACCCACACUCAACGUGACAGCUCCUUGUUCCUUUGAAACCACUCGGAGUUGAGUGUGGGAGGUGCAGCACUGUACAAACAUCCAGCCCAAAGACUCGCAGGUCUUCUGUGUCUUUCCAUAAAGCUGCAGUAGGGAGACAUGAGGAGAGAACGUCAAGGUUGAGACAUGAUUGUCGCCUCGUAACUAACUCAGGCUGUUGAACUUCCCUCCUUUUCAUGAGGACUUUAUUUCAUUUCUGGAGCUUCUUGUCAAUCUGAGUUCAGUAUGAACAGUCAGCACUGAUUUGAGUUUUGUCAUCCUGUGUCAUCGGGGUCUCAUCGAAACUGAAGUAGCGCGGAGAUAGAGGGACAGUUUUCAGAAGGUCGUUUUCUUUGUUGUCACUUUUGUGUUUUCUGUUACUCUUCGCUCAUUGUUUCCCCACAAAGCUGUAGCCGUAUCCACCCCCGAACACUUUGUUGCAAACUAUUCUCCAAAUAAGAGUCUGCACCACCUCAAAGUUAAUCUUGCCUGCAGAAAUCUAUUAUGUACAUAAUAAUCAUCCAAACUGUGCAAUAGCUGUUCUCAUGGAGUGAUGGUGAUCUGUAUGCGGGAUAUGCCGAUGUCAGGGGCCAAAACUCUAGAGACAGCACGCUCAAGAUAACCCCGAGCUGUGUUUGUUGAAAAAUUCAGGAUGCUCUCCAUAACACUGGUAUAACGCCCAGUGAUAAAGGGACACUUCUGUUCAGGGAUCAUGUGGUUAACCGGUAUUAACGUUAAAUCCAAUAAAGUGUUUUAAUGCUCCUAGUAAUGGAAUAUUACUAACAAUGCCUGUGCACUUUAAGUGUUUUGGUUGAUUAACAUGAAUCAUUUUUUCAUUCCAAUGGGAUUAGAUCUCUUUCCAGUCCAUAAAAAUAUGUAACUGAGCACCCUUGAGAAAGUCACUGAACCCAAAACUGCUGCCACUGAGCAGGUCAUUGGCCCUUCAUGGCAUCAAACACGCUGUUUGUGUGUGUGUAAAUGUGUGGGAUUGCAUUCUUCAGUACCUCUAUAAUAAAUGUACUACAGUCUAUGCAACAUGAUAUCUCCAAAGUGUGCUACUCAGACACAUAAACACAAUGGAAAGACUUAAGGAUAGGAUGUUAAGGGCUCCAGUGGGGAUAUAUUCAAGUCUGGGCUAAUGCAGAACUACAUUUGUAGUGUGUUUCCAUUGUGGUAUGUAUUUAUGAAUCAGAGAGAGGAAAAGUGCCCCCUUUCAUACAGUUCUGACCCAGUUUCUCCUCUUGGUUCAGAAAAGCUACUAAUGGACAUGUUGAGCUGAGCGACUUGCUACAGUAACAUCUGUACAUGUGCAGCACAUGUGUGAGCUCACAUACAUGUGCUAUACCGAGAUAAAAAUUAGCUACAAUAUUUACGCAGUCCUGUUAAAUCUUGCUUAGGAUUUGAUUUUUGGGAGAUUUGUUGCUCUAUGCUUUGACUUUAGCAUUAGCAGCAGCUUGCAACUUGUGCUGCUGCUUUUUCUGCUGCUCUUACCUGCUGGUAGUAUGAAGGUCAUGUACUAAGCUGAACGAGAAGCAAGAGACAAAAAGAGAGACAUGACGGGUUGUGUCAUCACUCCCAGCCUGUGCACUUAGGUGUUACUGUCCUGUUAAUGAUCCAAUCAAAAUAACCCCAGGAGUCAACAGUGCACAGCACGCUGGCAAAAGGCAUUUCCGCACACUUGAAGGCUCUAUAUCCUGGCCUGCUGCUUUUUUCUUACUUAAGGCCACAUGGUCAAGGUCACAUUGUCCGCAGAAAGACUUUGCGCCUCGUCUUGUUUAUGUUCGUUCCACUCGAUCGCACCCGAUCUUCUAAAACUUACUACUUUGAGUCUGAAACCUGCGUUGGAGCUGAAGAUUCAGAUUGAUUCUGGGUGUGACUUCAUACCCAGAUUUUUUUGUUUAUGUGGAUGUAGUGUGAGGAUUCUAGCCUUCGUUUUAUGAUAGGAGCAGACUAAAAGCUUACCAGGGCAUGUUGUAAUUACUAUGUACCAGUCAUCCCUUCACACCUUAUUUGGCUGUGAAACGAGUAUGAAACAGUCAGAAGGCAAUAUGUUUCACAACAUGGCGCGUUGGUGUACGCUUGCGUAUCGUUCGAAUUACAUCUUUACGUAGGAGAAAUGCUUCUUUGUUGCCUAAACGAAAAAAGGAGGAAAAAAAUAUCUUAUGGUGUCUCCCUCUGUGAAAGCCUUGAAUGCGCACACACACAUAGGCACACACAGACACACAUGCAUUCGUUCAAGAAGCAGGAGUCCUGUGCGGUCGCCAUGGAAACUCGGACCCCCCCCCCACUCUCUCUGCCUCGCAUAUCCUCUUCUAUCCUUCAUGACUCUCUGCAAUCUGUUAAUUUGGAACCAAGUCUUCGUGACGCAAUUUCAGGGAUGCUUGCUGGAGGUAGAAGAAAGCAGCAAGAGGAGGAGGACGGGUGAGGAAAGGGGAGGGAGCAAACAGGUUGGAGGAGAUCAUGGGAGGGCUGGAGUUGAAUAGGAAGGAAGCUGGUAUAUGGCCUUCUUCUCUCUCCCUCUGUCUCAUUCUAUGUCCCUCUCUCUGUCAUUGGGUGGUGGGUGGCCACCAUGUUCCCUCAUCACAGACUUUGAUCUGCAUCAUCUCUCUCUGGCGGGGUUGCAUCAAUAAUGCACUUUUUCCCACACAGACACACACACACUUAGAAACAUACAGGGAACACUGAGUGCAACCCACAGGCAGUGAAGUAAAAUCCAUUGUAUAUGUGUGCGUGCGCAUACAUGUGGCAUGCUUGGUUAAUCUUCUGCCCUAUUAUGCCAGCUGCUAUUUUAGAUCAGUGCUCGAGUGUUCAUUAUGUAUGCCCACAUGUGCUAAUGAAGCUCUCUCGACUUGUGCUCUGUCUAAGGAACGUUGAAACUUUUCCUCUCAACAGUACGGUUUGGAGGACUCUGGAAUGAACAUCUUAAACUUUAGCCAUUCUGCAGCAUUAGAGAGGAAGGAAAAAACAACAAAAACACUGUGAGGACAAGGCAGUAAAUAAAGUUCUAGAUGAAAGUCCAUUUUAGUUGCUGGCGUGUUUUAGGCAUAUUAUAAGUUUUGAUUGUUUAAAAAUUGACGAAAUUUUGGCAAAAGUUUCAGUGUGUAUAAUUUAUAGACUAAAAUAAUCAAUAUAAAAGCACGGCUGUUAAUCAAGUACUCAGUCUGUUGUCUUAACACCACAUUUUACAUUACAGUGCUAUACACCUCAAAGCCAGUGUCAGCAUACACAGGGUGAAAUAUACUAUUACUAUAUUCUUCAGCAGCAGCUGGGUUUAAUGCCACAAUAGUCAGUGUUGUGUAGCAGUGUGAUUAACCCAUAAGAAAUUCUUGCAAAUUUUAGCUCUGUGUUUUGUUUUUGGUCCCUAGAUUUUUGCUUUUUUUAACCAUGUUGGUUGACUCCCGUUCCCUACAACUUUUUUUGUGGUUGCUGCAUGCAGCUGUUAUCUUUAAAAAGCAAGAUUUUCCCCAAGGCAUUGGGAGAAACCACAACGGAGCUGAAAUUGAUGGUGAAUAUUAGACUGCUGUUAUGUUUAAAUUUUCAUUAUCUCUAUGGAAAUUACCUGGUAAAAAACAAUAAUUUUCUGCUGAGUUGCAUAUGGCCGACAACAUCCGUCCCCUGUAGCAUACCCAGCUUUAUUGUGUAUGUUACUUUAUUUAGGACCAUAAUUAAUAAAUUAAAAAGGAGGGUUAAAUAAAAAAAUAAUUGACCAAACAUUUUUUAGAAACAUGUUUACUGAGGUAAUAAAUUAAGUAGACUUGUUUUUGCAGCUUGAGGAGUUGCCCCCUGCUGGCCAUUAGAAGGAAUGCAGGUUAAAGGCACAUAGUCCUUUCAAAUAUGCACUAUAUUGUAAAAUGAUUGUUAACAGAUAUCAUAUAUUUUUGUGGAUACUACUUUACUGUGUCAUUCUACAAAUUACAAUCAAAUUUCAUAUCACAGUAACAUGGAUGUGUUAAAACAUGCAUGCAUUUAUUCAUGCAAUCUUUUAGUUAGCAUCCACGUUAAAGGUGAAAAUGUCAAAGUACCGCUGAGCACAUUUCACAACUGACAUUCCCCUUUGAGCCAGUCCUUUUAGGGAAAACACUCAUUACAGUACAUAGUGGAGGUAUGCAGGAGUGUUUUUAAAUUCUUGGACCUGAAGAAAAGAAUCUCUCAAAAAAAGGAAAGGAAAGCAGCAGAUAAAUUAUCUGAAAGGAGCCAGGAAAGGGCAUUCACACACAUACGUGCACCGAGAGAGGGUUAGAAGGUGAGAUAGAUGGAAAAGGAGCACAUAGUUUAUCCUGAAUAGUUUCUCUCUUUUAUUACUGGUGUUGUUAUUGCUGUUGCAUUUGGACUGCUGCAGUUCAUUUUCAUUCUUAUGACCAAUACAGUGGAAAGAAAGUAAAUUUCUCUCUGCCCUCCGUCUCGCACGAUCGCACACACACACACACACACGUCUUACUUGCAGUAUGCACCAGCAUGCAAAGAUGAUAGGGUCGUGACCUUUUCUUAUCUCUCAGAUGUGGGUUUAGGAACUUGGGUUUAGUCUAAUUAGAGUCUGUGUGGUGAUGUUAGUAGGCUAAAUCACAGGAUCGGGGUACAUGCCUCGAUACGGAGUGUAAGUGUGAGAUUUGCAGGUUUUGCUCCGUGUCACAGAACACUUUCAGCUUCACUGAAACGGUUUAGAGCAGCAAGUGGUUAAAACCUACUUUCAAAGCCUGCACACCGAUGCACAUCAUUCCUUAAGAUCUGCUUGUUGUGACAGUAAGAUGAGACACUGUUAACAUAGCUGUGUGAUGUAUGUGUAGUGCAGCUCUUUGCCAGUUGAGGACUUUUGCAAUGCCGCAGCAGGCGUUAUGUCAUGGCUCAAAGCAAAGAAUUAAUUUGGCUCUUUGGAGGCCUUCUCUGAGUCCCCCGAUAGCUUCUCAAAAUGAGGACAGCUGGUGAAGAAGGUCACCGAGUGCUGUAUUUUAAGAAAGGCAGAAAUGUGUGCAUGUGGUUUGUUGACAGAUGACUGGUCUUCAGAGAUGAGAUACAGAUUUAAAAGCUGGCUGGAGAACUCUAGCUCCUGCUGGUUAGGGUGUCCAAACCGAAGCUGGACCACACGUACAUAAAUGUGAUCGAGCGUGAGCACACAGAGCAUUUGAUCAUGGUUGCUUAUGAUUUCAAAAGAAUUAUAUCUUUUAACCAGACCUGGAAUUUACUUGUCACCAUAGGAAUUCCAAAUUUUGAUUAUCCAAAACUUCCCUCUCCCAAAUCCAUUAAGCCUGAGGAGUAGAUUUCAAUCACGUCUUCUCUCUGUGUACUAAACUCCUGUGAUUUCUCCUCUGCCAGGCUGAUAAGAUAUCAGCUGGAAGCCACAGAUCACAAGAAACUCUGAAAAUACCACAGUUCUCCCUCCUUCUUCCCUAAUCCAUCCAUCUUUCUGUCAUUCAUUCAUAGACUGUUCCUUUUGGUAAAAGGAAACGGCUGUCUUCAUCUCUCGUCUCAUCACUCUAACAGACGGCCCUUUGCUUCUGAUUACACGCACACACCCCCGCGCACGCCAUGCGCUCACAUGUUUCUCAGAAGUGGCUGGCACCCUUCAGACUUCUCUGCCCUCUGCUCCCACCUCCCCGUUCUCAUGAACCAGGGUGUCAUCAGAUGGGAGAAAAGAUGACAGAUUUAAUCAGAGGGUGUUUGUGCCUCAGCAGGCAGGGUAUAAAAAAAAGGCUGCACAUGCACAAACACACAUGCGAGCACACAGGGCGAGCAGGCUGUCCCACCCCUAAGUAGGUCAUGCGCAGUGAAGAGCAGGGCGGGAGGGGAGGCGAGUCGUGGUGCAUCUUUAGCCAUCUGGUUUUGAUGUGUUGGAUGGCUGCUCUGUGAGACCCACGGAGAGAGAAGAGAAAGGCAGAGAAAGAAAGAUUAGAGUGAGAGAGGGAUGGAGCAGCCAGGGAGGCAUCUCUCAGAGAAGGUGACCUUGAAAUGCUCUGCUUGGUGGUGCGGGGGGAGCAGGCUCUGUUUUGCCACUCAAAAACAUCAGAAAGAGACAACUGAAGAGCUUCCUUAAAUUCAAACAAUGAGGCACAGAUGCAGUUGAGUUAUCUGGCUGAUAGAUUUUUACAUACAGAUUUGUAACAACGAUCAUUUCAACUAAAUGGAGAGAAAAAAGUGGUUUCUAUGCAUUAAGCAUCAUCAGUCUGUGAAUUUCAGUGGAGACAGGUGAAAAUCCGCCCCUAAAAUUAGAUAACUAAGUUUAGAUAACAUGGCAGCAGACUGAGAAAGUGAGCUAUUACUACUGAAUACCAGACGUCUAUUUUUGCAACUUAAUUUACACAGCACGGGGCACUGCAGUAAGCUUCUGCAGCUCUGUUUGCAACUUUUACCAUUUAAUGUGUUGUCUCAACUAGAGUAGACGUAAAAAAAAACAAAACACAUUUUCAGUCCCAAGAUUUUAGGAUUGCACCCAAAAUUAGUGCCCCUAGGUGUGAUAACCAUCCAGAGACUAAACAAAAUAAUAUCAGUUUAAUUUAUAUUAUGGCGAUGCUUCAAAGUGCUGUGAAGGCGAGCACUUUGUAACAAUCAGGUUUUCUCAUUUAGCUAUGAAGUGCUCUCAAAUGAAAUGGAUGUGCCAUCUCGUGAAGUGGAGAGGGCAGAAAAUUGUCAAGUCAAGAGAAGCAUGGGAGUCCUUGACCUUCAUUCGGACUCCUCCGCUCUCUCCGUCUCUCCCAUUCUUGGCUAUUCUUGCAAAUAUUUUUUCAGAUAUUCAGGGGUGCAGUUUGCCAGCUGUGAAUUUUCUGGUCGCCGCUAUAAU